ACAAGAGCAAAGUAGUUUGGUUCAAGAGAAAACACAAGGCCCGGUUUUGUGAUUUUCCUGGGAAACUACAGCUUUCCUUGGCAGCUUGGAGCAGUGUCUUCCUUGUGUUUGAGAAAAAGCAUCAAAGACACAAAAGAAGCUUUUUGCUGCUCCUUAUUGAUCUUUUUUAAAGAUCUACCCUUUGCUCCAAUCCCUUUCCCACAUCGCUUCUCUGAUUCCAUCCUUUUCAUCCCUUAAAAUGGUGAAAACAACUGAGAGUCCAGUCUUCAAAACCCCAUUACUUUGGGCUGCAUUCCUUCUCCCUUGUAUUCUCUUCACUAGUUUCCUUAGCUUUGAGUUCUCUCCUCUACUUUUCACAGUACCAUUCUUGAUUUCAUCCACAAUUUUCAUACUUAGAGUCAUAAAGAAGAAGAAGAAAAGGGUGGAUUUAAGUGAAAUCCCAGACUCCCAAAACCUGCUUGAAGAUGAAGUUGCAGAGAAAGUAGAGCCAUUAAUUCCAGAAACAGUCCCAGAAUAUCAAGCUUCCAAGGGAGAUGACAAGGGCAACAACAUUAAAGAACAUCAUGUGGAAUCAACACAAAUUCCAACAGAUUCUGAGAGCAGUGAUGAUUCAGAAACAAGUGGAAAUCUUGAGCUGAACUGGAUGCUGGAUCAAAAUCAAGAAAUGUCUAAUGAUGAUUCGGUCUCAGUAGAUGAUGAAGAUGGUCUGAUUGAAAUUGCCAUUCCAGGGACUGACUCCAUUGAUGACUUGAGUGAAGAACCAAAGCAAAAUCCGCCGAGUUUCCUACCAGAAUCCAUUUUCAGGCAGCAGGACCUGGAUGAGCUCUUGGUAGAGAUGAAUGAAGUGAAUGAGGAAGAAAACUUGAUUGAGAUUGACAUCUCCAUGGGAUCCAUCAAAUGUUCAAGGUUUGAAAUUGAAGCAUAAAGUUUUUUUCUUUUUUCUUUUUUCUUUUUUUUUUUUACCCAAAAUUUGAUCUCCAAAGUUCUUAGCUUACAGCUACUGGGCUAAUAUCAAGGUUUAGGGAUAUUUAGCUUUUUAAUUAUCUUUCCUUACUUUGCUAUUAUGUUGAAUUAUCAUGAACCUGUGUCUUUAUUAUCAAGCUUUAUGCUUUUUAAGACCAUGUGUAUAAAGAAAAUUUGACUUUUGCA